AUGCCAGUACCAUUUGAAGGGUUGUUGCCCUAUGCGAUAAUGACCGGUUUCUUUGGCUUAGCCGGUCAUGGGGUUGGAUUUAUUAGAUACUGGGAUAAUGGAUGGAAAAAUGAUAGAUUUGACUUGGACAGAUUUGAUGAAAAAAUGAUGCAUCGUGAUUUCUUAUUAACCGGAACUAAAAGAGGACAAACUAGUGAUCCAAUAGCACCAGAGCAUUUCAAGACCGCUGAAUACACUACCCAAAGAUACUGGACCCCAUACAGAGACCAAUUCUUUGUCCUUAGAGAAAGAUUAUAUAGAGGUUAUGUUACAGGAGAAUGGGAUUUUAGUUAA